UUCUGUUACCUUUCUGGAGACUCCUGAUCUUCCAAGAGAUUAAACAUCUGCUUCACUGUGGUUGAUUUGUCACUUUCCUAUGAACUCUCUGGGGUUUGUCUUGAAUGAAAAAAGUGUUAUAUAUAAACUGCUUUUUUACCUUUCAUCCUCUAUAAACAACCUUUUCUUUUCUUCUCUUAUUGGUUUAGAAAUUAUGAGUCCAAAGAAAUGGUUUAAGAGGAUUGUUAAAUUGAACAAACGGAAGGAAGAUAAAUUGGAACAAGCUAAGGUGCAAUUCAUCCCUGAAAAAUUAGAUGAGUCCUCCGAGGAAAAGCAAGACGAAACUCUUGAAGAGUCAAAUAGCAUUCCUAAUGAAGGUUUGGUGGUGCUAGAAAAGACAGUUCCCAGCAGGUUGAUGGAAGAUAUUGCUGCUACUCGGAUUCAAAAUGCAUUUCGUGCAUUUCUGGCAAGAAGAACAUUGCACCAGCUAAGAGAUACUGCACUAAACUAUAUUGCACCAUCGAAGGUAGAAUUGAAACUUGAGGCUGCCAAAGAACAGGCAGUAACUGCACUAAACUAUAUACAUACUUGGAGCAGAAUACAGGAACAGAUUAAAGCUCGAAGAGUCUAUAUGCUAACAGAAGCAAGGAUUAAACAAAAGAAAUUAGAAAACCAGCUAAAACUUGCAGCUAAGAUUCAUCAGCUUCAGGUGGGAUGGUGUGGAGGUUCUGACACAAUGGAAGAGAUACUUUUGAGGAUACAUCAGAGAGAAGAAGCAGCAGUCAAACGAGAGCGAGCUAUGGCAUAUGCCUUCUCUCAUCAGUGGAGGCCCAAUUGCAGGCCGUAUUUGGGCCAGGCUAUCUACGGCGUUGGCAAGGGAAGCUGGGGUUGGAGCUGGAAGGAGAGAUGGGUAGCAGCUCGUCCAUGGCAAAUCCGGUUCCCUUGGUCAAAGGAGUAUCUAGUCAACCAUUGAGAAGCAGCGUGAAACGACUACGUUUUGGACCAUGAACGUUUAAUGAUGCACUAUGUUUUGAGGUUUUGUGGUUGUUGCUACCUUUGGAGGGGGUGUAAGGCUCGAGAGAGGUUUCAUUCUCAAAUGAAAGAAACCCUCUAGGGUUCGCGAGAGAGGAAGAGAAGAUGUUUCACUACUUGUUUUUGUUAAUUUCUAUUUUAAUUUCUGAUGUUGUAUUCUCGACUUCUAGAGGGCCAAGUU